AUCAGAUCUUUCUUCAUUGGAUCUGAAGCUGAAGCAGUUUCCAGGAAAAAUGGAAAAUCUUGAAAUUCUAUACAGUUUAUUAUAAAGAAAACCACCAGAACUUCGAACAGACAGCAAUGGGUCAAUCUUGUUUCUUCAGAGUUCUACUUGUUUCCUCUCUUAUACUACUUAUAUUCUUCUCUAAUGCAAUGGGAAGAAACUUGCGAACUGCAAAGUUGUCAGGAGUUCACAGCACUGCUGAGUUAUUUCCUUCCAAGGAUGACAAUGUGCGGAAUAUGAUCGAGUUGAUGGACUACAAGCCGCCCGAGUCUAACACCAAUUGGAGUGGUUUCGUCGCUGCUCCUCCUCCCCAAUCUCCUCCACCUCCAUAAUUUUUUUCAAACGAUGAAAAACUCUUUUCAGUUUUAUUUUUGCAAACAACGUUUGAUGUCUGAAUAGUUUGGCAAUAAAUAACAGUAUGUAAUUUUAAACACUUUGAUGUGUAAGCUUUACUGAAUUGUGGAAAUUGUGAAUUCAAAAUGUAACAUAAAUUGAUUGGUGGAUGCAUGGAAAACACCAUUCUAGUUGAAAAUAUAAUACUUCUUGUCAGCG